UGUGUGAAAUCAGUUCAAGAACGAUCGUAGCGGAGCAAACUGAAGAGUUGAAGGUUCCUUCGCGAGUUUAAAUCUCUUCCCAAGCGAAGAAGACAACUCGAAGAAUGGAGAAAAACGCGAACGAGUACAAUUUACCUAAUCGAUCAGACGCCACAAUCGCAUUGGAAUCAACGAUUGCUAUUUUGAUCACGAUUUUUGCAGUAGUUGGGAACGGACUGAUAAUCGCAGCGUUUCGUAAAAACAAAGUCUUACAGACCAUUCCAAACUUGCUGGUGGUGAAUUUAUCGAUUGUGGAUAUUCUUGCCUCAUUAACUACACACCCGUUGCUGGCCUCUGUUAUGAUUCAGGGAGCUUGGCGCCUAGGAAAAGAAGUUUGUGAUUACCAAGCGAUUUUAAACUCAUUUUUAUUCACCACUUCGCAUCUUAGCAUAACCCUAAUAAGUCUAAAUCGUUAUUUUGUCAUCGUUCAUUACAAAAAAUACACCAAGGUAUUUUCAAAACGGUUGACGCUCUUAUAUCUGAUGUCCAUUUGGAUGUGUUCGUCUCUUCUUUCCCUCUCGUAUUUGCUGACUCAGGCGGAAAUGACGUUUCACGGCAAGGAAGCAGUUUGUGUUGUUUUGAACAAGAGCGCAGCACCUCAGUCCGUCAUAACAGUUGUAUUUGGGAACAUCACUUUCUUGGCAACGGUGUUCUUCAACUCUGCGAUUUUCAAAUUGGUGCGAUCCCAUCGGAAACAAGUUUCUCUUUCAUUUCAUAGCAGCACUUUUCAAGAUGGUAGUGAAAAUCUCGAAGGAAACAGAAAGGCGUGGAAAUCAAGUCCACCUCGUAAGCGAAGCCGACAGGUUAUGAGGAACGAAGAUUUCUACAUUGCGAGAAAAAUCCUUAUUGUGACAAGCUUCUACACCCUUUGUUGGUUACCUCAAGGCAUACUAAAAAACACAAAUUUAGCAAACGUGGAUUUUUCGCGCGUAAUUUGGAUGGCAUCCACAUUCUGUAGUCAUCUUAGCUCUGUUUUGAAUCCCAUACUGUACGGAUUGCUAAACAGAAAAUUAAGGAAAACCAUAUUGAAAAUGCUUCGCAUGAACAAACACCGGGUGAUUAAUAUUCACACCAGAGAGGCGCCGUCUGGAAAAUUUAAAUCGACCAAGAAGGUUUUUACUGUCACUCAAGUACUGGAUUGAGGAGUAUCUUUAGAAGAUACAUUAGGCUCGGAAUAAUUUGCUCUUGUUUUACUGUAUUCACAUUAAAAUGUACGUUUAAUUCAGAUUGAGAAUCGCAAUUGCAUAGGAAAAACACUAAAACUCUCCCAAGUAGAAAACUUAAACAAUUCAAGAGAUUUAAUUGCAUGUAAAUCUUACCAGCCAACAAUUAAGGCGUCUAACUGUUCGAGUCUGCGAUUACUGUACUCUGCAAACAAUUUAAACCCAUUAAAAAGAUGGAGAUGUUGACAAAGAUCGAUAACGAAAAAAAAAACUGAGGCAUAAUGUGCUCGUAGAAAAACGUGAACUUACAAGUGGCAACGUGAGAAGGGAAGUUAUUUGUAACCGAAUUAGUAAUUUUUUUGCAAUAAAAUGGUGAAGGAAAAAAGUAACUUAGU